AUGGCCAUGGAAGAAGCGGAGGUCUUGCGGAGUCAAACCUCAAACUUUGCAGCAGCCAAGGACCUCGACUCAGCAAUAAUCGAGACAGCGUUGACCUAUGCAAAACUACGCUUCCUAUCCUGCGAGUAUCACAGUCCAGUCGCGCACAUGGAGCUCGAGGCGAUUGUCUCCUGGCUGUUGCCGACUUUUGACGACCUCAUUUUGGCUUGCCGCUACCGCGAAUCACGAAAAGUACUUUACGCUUACGGCGCGUUCCUUGCCUCUGCUCCCAAGCUGGGGGUUACCAAUCUCGACUUUGAGUCCUGGAAUCGGAUGGUGGAAGCAGUGCUCUCUGUGCCCAACGUCCCUCCGCUCAUUAGAGCCGAUGUAAUGGCGCAACUCGCCAUGAGGGCUGAUGACAAGCUUGGCGGCGAAAAAAUCACCAAACUGGAGGAAGAUGCCAUCAAGAUGUAUAAUGACGAGGGUCACUUGGUGGGCGCUAUAGAUGUCCGGUGUCAGCAGAUGAGCCGCGCCAUCAAGAAGGACCACACCAGUCUUGGCGAUGAGAUUCUUGAAGAGCUAAAGGGCUACUUUGAGAAAUACGAGGCCAGUGAAACGCUCGUUUCGUAUCAGACCGCUGUCCACGCAAUGCUUGCUCAUAUUCCGCACUGGCUAGGCUUCGAUGUGCAGUUGCAGCUAUCUCACAAGAAUGACGAGCUGGCCAACCUGUCCGGGGCCCUUUUGAUAAGUCAGGCCGUCCGCUUCCGUCUCAUAGCACAGUGGAUUACGCGAUCGGGUGCCGCUCCUCGUGCGGUAGAGGCAUCCGAGGCCGUCUACGCAGCUCUCCAAGACGGCGACUGUAUAUAUUUUCAAGGCAUGGCAGCACAUUGUGCGUCACAAGCCUACGUUCAACUCCGAGACCAUGCCAGAGCGCAAUCAUGGGCAGAAAGCGCAGCUGCUCUGUGGGGGAAAGGGUUCCCUCGUCUGAGGGCAGAUGCGACCAACAUGAUUCUCCACGCGAAAAUUGGACAUGGUGCAGAAAACAUGGAAAGAAUGAAGGACAUUACAUCGUUUGCUGAAGCCGAGAUCGAGUCGGAUGUGAACAACGGGUUUAUAACACAUGCUCAGCAGAAGGCGGAAAUGAUUAUUGGGCAGCUUACAAGGUUGCGCUCCGAGGAAAGAUACCAAUGGAUGGAGAGGGCGGAACAAUGGAUGGACAGGAACGCCGAGUCCAGUUCAGAAGAGUCUGACAUGCGAAAAGCGGCACUUUACCAGUUACGGGCAACUCAGCUUGGAGCAAACAUGCAGAGCACACAAGCCGCGGCUUGGGAACCGUGCAUGGCUGUCUUUGAGGAUGCAGUAUCCCUGUAUAUGAAGCACAAACGGAUUUUAGAGGCUGCCAACACGCGAAUGAUGCAAAGCCGGGCUGUUUUUCGGCGUUUUCAGCUUUCAUCUUCUGCGGAGCUGCUUCAGCGCUCCUUGGAACUCAUGGACAUAUCGCUUGACCUGUUCAAGACGGUAGACAACGUCGCCUUCAUCACCCUGGCCAAUCAAUAUAGAUCUUCCACCAUCUACACCGGCUGGACGUGCGGCUGGGUGAGCGCCGAGGCUGUGCUUGCCGCGCUGAGAGACGCAGAGGAAGCUUGGGCACGAGAACGAGCGGACAUGACUGUGUUUGCCAGCCUCGAGGCCGUCUCUCGCAGACAGAAGUUGACGUCGGUCAAGGACCUGCGAGACGUCUACCAGCUCGCCUUUUCGGUUUGUCUUCAGUCGGGGAAACUGAAGGAACUGUGGGAAUGGACGCAGCGAGGCAAAGCUCGCAGCUUGUCCGACCAGCUUGGAGUGGAUGGAAUCAUCCCCGCCGACUUGCGAAAACAAGCCCUCGACUGUCCCGAAAGGAGGGACUUGAUUCAAAAGUCGGAGGACCUAUCGAAUCAAAUUACCGCUAGUACGAACAUCGCACGUCUCAGACUUCGCGGCGAGUUGGAUGCUGUGCAUGCACAAAUGCGUCAAGAUCCGCUGCUCAACACCAUUCUCGACAUCAAAAACGGAACACCCGUCAGGUGGGAACAGAUUCAGCAGCUGGCCCUUGACAUGAAGAAGGAAUGCCCAAGACGGGAUGUCGUCUUUGUCGACUGGGUGGAAUACCUGGGCUGCUUUUGGGUCGUGCUUCUCAAGAGCGGCUCUGAGCAACCUACCGUUGUUCGGUGCUCGCCGCCUGUCCAUGACGUGGUUUCCUGGAAACAGCAGUGGAUGGACGCGGAUCCGGGACAGGUUUCGGCUCUAGAAGAAGGCGAUUUGUACCCCGAGGACGAUCCGGAAUACAGCUUGCGCGCCCUCGAUGGCCUCGUCGCGCCGUUGGAGAAUCUGACGCAGCCACGCGACCUCUUGGUCUUCUGUCCGACUGGUAUUCUACACUCGAUACCGCUACACGCCCUCUGGACCGCGUCCAAAACGCUCAUACUCGAGCGGAAUCCGAUAGUCUACAGCGUCAGCCUGACGACUUUUCGGCAAUGCUGCGACCGGGCGAGCAGCACCAAGAGAUGGGCGCCAGCAUCAGACGAGACGGAAAACGGCCGCAUCACGUCUAGGAAAUGGACUUUUGCGGCCGUCUUUGAGCCGGUGCCAGACGAAUCGUUCAACCCCAGAGAGCAAGACCGCGUGUACUCGCUGAUUGCAGAAACCGCAGCCACGCUGAAGGCGGCAUCGGCAACCAGCGCCACGGUGACAAGGCAACAUGUCCGGGAAUCGCUGGAGGAUUCGGCGCUGUUCACCUUCUACGGCCACUGCCGUCUGGAGCGCGAGGACCCGGCUGCCCAGGGACUGCAGCUCGCGGACGGACGGCUGACGGUGCGGGACAUGUUUGACAUGAAGCUUCGCGCUCCGCAUGUGACGCUCGUGGCGUGCGACUCGGCGUCUCAAGGCAUCGCGGCGGGCGACGAGCCUCUGGGCAUCGUCACGGCGUUGCUCUGCGCAGGCGCGGGCUCCGUCUUGGGCACCAUCUGGCCGACGGCGACUCGCGCGGGCCGCCGCUUCGUGACGCAGCUGUACCGUCGUAUUCUCCGCCACAGAGUUGACGGCGGGAGAGCUGCCUUGAUUGAUCUGGCGGACGUGACACGGGGCGCGGCGUUGGCGUUGCGUCAAGACAUGGACACGGUUCAGCCGUACCAUUGGGCAGCCUUUGUGCUGCACGGAUCUUGGGCCAUGUAUGAUUGA